AUGACGGUGGAUUCAGGAGCUGACCAACAGCCCGGCCGCGGCGAGGCCGGCGCUGUGCAGGGCCGGCGGUCUGUCCGUCACCCAAGAACACCAGGGGCCGCCACAGAGGCACGAUCCUUAUGCUAUGUCGAGGUGAACGCCAGUCCCUGGGAGAAAAGAACCAAAGUGUCUACUAGAGCAGAAGCAAAGGGAGUGGGAGCUAUUUCCAGUGAUGGGAAUUUAAACACGGCUCACGUGCAAACCUCCAGGAAAGGCUUUUGUUCAGUCCAACAUGGGCUGGCGCUUAUUGUGCAUCUCUGCAAUUUUUCACUUAACUCCCAAAAGAUGAGCCUGAGCAUCACCAUGCCAGCUAUGGUGAACAGCACAGCCUGGCCUGGCCCACUCAAUGCCUCCACAGAAAGGCCUUCCGCCAACUCCCAGGGUGGAUGGAAUGAAACUCUACAGCAACUUAAGGCAGUGGCUCCUCUGUGUGACUGGAGUCCUGAAAUCCAGGGGAUCAUUCUCCGCUCUACCAACUAUGGCUCAUUCUUGGCUCCAAUCCCUACCGGCUGCGUAGCUGGACUAUUUGGAGCCAAGUACUUGGUGGGUGUUCGCCUGCUUCUUUCCUCGGUCUUGGCCCUCUUUAUUCCAUUGGCCGCCAAUGCAGGGGGGCUCUCGCUCAUUGCCCUGCGGAUUGUUCAAGGCAUAGCCCAGGUUAUGGUAUUAACAAGCCAGUAUUCAAUUUGGGUCAAAUGGGCUCCCCCACUAGAAAAGAGUCAACUCAUCGACAUUGCUUCAUCAGGGGAAUUGAUGGGAGCCUUCAUUACUUUGCUCGUCAGGGGUUUCCUCUGCCAGAAAGGGUGGCCUUCUAUCUUCUAUAUCUUUGGUGGAAUUGGCUGUGCCUGUUCUUUUCUCUGGUUUCUUCUUGCUUAUGAUGACCCCAUAAAUCACCCAUUUAUCAGCACCGGUGAGAAGGAAUAUAUCGUGUGUUCACUGGCUCAACAGGACUGUUCACCAGGCUGGUCCCUUCCCAUUAAGGCUAUGAUCAAAUCCCUACCACUUUGGGGCAUUUUAGUCUUUUAUUUCACCGGAUUCUGGACUUUUAAUAUUUUGAUGGCAUACAUGCCAACAUAUAUCAGCUCUGUACUUCAAGCUAACCUCAGAGAUAGUGGAAUCCUGUCAGCCCUGCUGUUAGGUGUUGCCUUUAUCAGCACUGUCCUUAGCAGUCUACUGGCCGAUUUUCUUCACUCCAGAAAAAUCUUCAGACUCAUUACCAUCAGGAAACUCUCUACCGCCAUCGGGGUUCUUGCCCCAUCUGUGGUCCUCGUGUCCCUGUACUGGGUCAGAUCCAGCAUCAGCACCAGCAUGGGCUUGUUGGCACUGUCUUCUGCCACCACCACCUUCUGCCAAACAGGAGCCCUUAUUAACCUCUUGGAUAUUGCUCCUCGGUACACCAGCUUUCUCAGGGGACUAUCACAAGUCUUUGGCCACUUAUCAGGAGGCAUUUCUUCCACUGUUGCCGGAUUCUUAAUCAGUCAGGAUUCUGAGUUUGGCUGGAGAAAUGUCUUCUUGAUUUCAGUUUCUAUUAACAUGUCAGGCUUGGUCUUCUACCUCAUCUUCAGCCAAGCAAAGGUCCAGGACUGGGCUACAGAGCAGACCGUCACUCAGCUCUGAGCAAACUGGAUGCCUCAGAUCCCCACGUUUAGCCGUUCAUUGUGUGCCCUCAUGGACGUUCCCUCUUAGUACCUGCUUGACUGGUUAGCCAUUUAAUUUGCAUUGACUUUGUUUCCAGUAUCUUCUCAGAGAGCUUGGCUGUGGAAUACUGAAGGUUCUGCCUGCAGAGGUUACAGUGGUGGGUGUGGGUUGGGGAAGGCCAGUUUUUAACUGUGAGCUCUGGAAAGCAUAGGUGUGUCUGAAUUUCCAAGUGUUGUCCACUCUGCCCACUAUUAUUGUGACUUAAUAAGAAAUACAUAUUUGGUCUCUGCCCCCACUUUC